UUGUUCUGCACAAGCUCUUUACUCAAAUUCCACUGCGAGGGAUUUUAGACUUAAACCAGCCUGCGAGUGAAACAUGGAGAACAGUUACAGCCUGGACGUUGGUGGACAAUGCGUCCUGCUCCGAUUUACACCUCUGAACAUUCUAUGUAGCAGAUGUUUCUCUCGUGGGGAGCGGAAUGUGACCGGCCAUUUGACAACUAUUAACCCCCAAAUUAAUGAUUGCAGGGGUCUGGCUGGUUUAUUUGUAUUUGACCGCUGUUGUGACAGAGUGAGGAGCUCUGAAAGGGGCUGAUCUUCUUCCACACCACCGAAGCACCGGAGGAAAGGAAUCUCUGUAGAACUGAGCUGCAGGAGAAUCUGAGAUGGGGUUUGCUGAUCUUCUGAAUGAGAUCGGAGGAUUUGGACGGUUCCAGUUAAUCCAUGUCACUCUGCUGUCCAUUCCGGGCCUUCUGAUGGCCAGCCAGAACUUGCUUAACAACUUCACUGCAGGCAUUCCUGGACAUUUCUGCAAAAUACCAAACAUCACGUCUCUGGCUGAGGCUCGGAACCUCUCUGAGCUGAGCAGAGCUGAUCUGCUGAGAGCCUUCAUCCCUCUGGAGGACUCGAAACUGUCCAAAUGCAGCAGAUACGCCCAGGCUCAGUGGCAUCUCCUCAGCGAAAACUCUAGCCACUAUGAAGUCAGCAGUAAUGAGACUGAGACCUGCCUGGACGGCUGGAGCUAUGAGAAAAAUGAGUUUGUCUCCACUAUAGUGUCUGAGUGGGAUUUGGUGUGUAAACUACGGCCGCUGAAGCAGAUGAGCCAAACCAUCUACAUGGGCGGAGUGCUGACGGGCGCCAUUAUAUUUGGAGGGCUUUCAGACAGAUUUGGACGGAAGGCUUUGCUGAUCUGGUCAUAUUUCCAGCUGGCCGUGUUGGGCUGCUUCACGGCUCUGUCUCCGUCCUAUCUGGCCUACUGCACCUUCCGCUUCCUGACCGGCAUGUCCGUCUCCGGGAUCAUCCUAAACGCCGUCUCGCUCAAGGUUGAGUGGAUCCCCACCAAAGCCCGGACUCUGGUGGGCACCAUCUCCUCCUUCUUCUUCACCUUUGGACAGAUGAUCCUGGCUGGAGUGGCCUACAGUCUAAAGGACUGGCGCAAGCUGCAUGUGGCCGUCUGCGCUCCGCACUUCGUCUUCUUCAUCUACAGCUGGUGGUAUUCUGAAUCUGCCCGCUGGCUGGUGUUGAACGGUCGGUCAGAUGAAGCGCUAAAGCAGCUGCACCGCGUCGCCAGGAUCAACGGCCGACCAGAGAUGACGGAGAAAAUCACCCUGGAGGUUCUUCAGACACACAUGCAGAAAGAAGUUCAGUCCAGUAAAACGAUGUACACGGCGUAUGACCUGCUGCGCACUUCAGUGAUGAGGAAGAUCUCCGUGUGCCUCGUGGUGGUUUGGUUCUCCACCAGUUUUGCGUAUUAUGGUCUGGCGAUGGACCUGCAGAAGUUCGGUGUGAAUAUUUAUCUGAUGCAGAUCAUAUUCGGAGCGGUGGAUUUUCCCGCUAAACUGGUGGCUUUGGCCAUGCUCAGCUUCCUCGGCCGGCGACUGACCCAGGCCACCUGUCUCCUGGCAUCAGCGUCCGUCAUAUUCGCCAACAUCUUUGUCCCUAAAGAAAUGCAGCUCGUAAGGACGACGCUGGCUGUGCUGGGGAAGGGUUUCACCUCCGCUUCCUUUACCUGUGUUUACCUGUACACCGGAGAGCUCUACCCCACGGUCAUCAGGCAGACUGGGAUGGGCUUUGUCUCCACCAUGGCCCGGGUGGGCUCCAUGGCUGCUCCAGCUGUUCUCAUCCUGGAUGAAGUGUUACCUGCUUUGCCCAGUAUAGUUUAUGGAGGGUCUGCAGUAGUGGCUGGAAUCACUGCCUUCCUCCUUCCAGAGACACUCAGCGUCCCUCUGCCGGACACCAUAGAGGACGUGGAGGAGAAAUGGGGAAAUAAAUCCCGGAGUUUUAAGAAGCAGGUACAGAACGAGAUGGUGGCGUUGGAGGUGGUGGAACAGACUCGAGGAGAACAUGAAGACGGAAAACCGGCUGCAUUCUAAGAGCCUCCAUUAACCUUCAUUUACUUAAUUCAGCACAAACACCAACUAAAAUUAUAUUCACUACUGGUCAGAAGUUCGGAAUCACACAUUAGUCAUGUCUGGUAAUUAGUUGGAACUUGUAGACUGAUUUAAACUGGACACCAAAAUGUAUUUUUAGAUGUUUUAUUCAUCGCACAUCACACAUUUUUUGGUUAUGAGACAUUAUUAAAUGAUAUUUAUAUUAUUGUUAAAUUAUUAUGUUUAUAUUAAUUAUUUAUAGGAAAUUAAAUAAUAAUAUACUAAUAUAAAAAAAAUAUACCUUAAAUAUAACAGUCGUGCUGCACACAAGAGGAACUGAUCAAACUGAGCAUGACUAAUUUAUCCACAACUAAAUUACAGUGAUAGCAAAAUAAGAGUGAUCAAAAUAAGAGUCCCUUAUAAUUCUACUGUUAAAUGUAAUUGCAUUUGAUUUAACUGAACACUAAAACAUUUAAUAAUAAAUACUCUUUUUAUUAGUA